AUGGAGAUUAUAGAUGUGGACUGCCUAUUGAGGCCGCAAGAAGAGAAAUAUCCUGUAGGACCAUGGCUAUUGGCACUGUUCGUUUUUGUUGUCUGUGGCUCAGGACAGACUUGAAUUCACCCACCAUGUUCACAGGUUGACCACAUAAACACUGGCCUUUCCUGGAGACUGACAGAACUUUCUCGGAACUGUGACCCCCCCAGAGGGAGUCACCUCCUGCAACCAGCAAAUGGGGUGCUUGAGGAACGGGACAGCCCCGGAGGAAAGACAGAGGCCAUUCAUCUGCCCUGGAGCCCUGCCUCAGGAUCCAAGAUGGACAGUCUAGAGAAGACGUCUCACCAGCCAUUGACUUCCUCAAGCCAUCUUUCAAAUCAUUCAGAGCAUAAGGAUGGGCAUGUGAGGAGGCCUGGGCAUCUGACGCUGCGCCCUCCCGCUGGAGGGUGGAGGACCACGGAGGCCUUUGGCGGGUAUCUGUGGGAAGCCAACAGGCCAAGUGGAAUAGAGAAGAGGCUACGCCACUGGUUCCCUGACCACUUCCACCUGGAAGUCAGACCAAACUGCCUUCUCACAGAACAUCUCGGUGAAUCCGUGUCCUCCAGCGGAAAGGACAUUCUGCUUUUCUGUUGGCGGGAUUGGUAGCCACGCGGGUCGUCUGCAGCAGUGCUGUCUGUCUGGUUCCCCUUGGUUUCACUAAUGUGUGCAUGUGGCCCUCUGAAUGACCGCUGGUUUACUUUCUACCGAUGCAAUCUCUCCUCUGUCGGGAAAUGGUUUUACAAAUAAAUGUCUUCAUUCAACCUUA